UACCAUUUUAAGUUUCAGCUCCUGCCUCCAGAAUGGUUCGUGGCCAAGCGCUGGGGAAUCUGGGCGCCCCGGCGCCUCUGGAGGGUGCAGCGGGGUGCGGGCAAGGGCAGGGGAGUGGGCGCAGCUGCUGGUUGGUGCCUGAAAUCUGUGCGUUGCCCCUUUAAUUGUGUCCUUAGCCCUCGGGCGUUUCUGUCCAACGCCCACGUCAGCAAAUACCUUUUGUUUCUCUCACGUUGGGGCUACAUGUUUUAGGGCGCACGGGAGCGGCUUCGGAAGGGGGCCUUUCCCCCGCGGAGGACCGGAAUCUCCCCCAGCCGCGCGCGCGACCCGCCGGGGCAACGGGGCCGCGGACAAUCCUUCCUUCACACACACUGUGUUUGACUUGGAACCUUCCCAUUUUUACUCUACUCAGUUGACGUAGCAGGGUUUUAGAGCAGCAUUUGUAAAUUUCCAGCAUGGAGAUCUCCUCUCAUCAGUCUCAACUCCUGCAACAACUGAACGAGCAGCGCCGGCAGGACGUGUUUUGUGAUUGCAGUAUUCUCGUUGAAGGGAAGGUCUUCAAAGCACAUCGAAAUGUAUUAUUUGCUAGUAGCGGCUACUUUAAAAUGCUUCUUUCCCAGAAUUCAAAGGAGACAAGUCAGCCGACCACAGCAACGUUUCAGGCUUUCUCCCCUGACACUUUUACAGUCAUCCUAGACUUUGUCUAUUCCGGCAAACUCUCGCUGACUGGUCAGAAUGUCAUAGAAGUGAUGUCAGCUGCUAGCUUCCUCCAGAUGACGGAUGUCAUUAGUGUAUGUAAGACCUUCAUUAAAUCUUCGUUAGACAUCAGCGAGAAAGAGAAAGACCGCUACUUCAGUCUCUCCGAUAAAGGUGCCAGUUCUAAUGGCAUAGAACGUUCCUCUUUUUAUAGCGGUGGCUGGCAAGAAGGGAGCAGUUCUCCACGCUCUCACCUAAGCCCAGAUCAAGGAACAGGUGUAAUAAGCGGGAAAUCUUGGAAUAAGUAUAAUUACCAUCCAACUUCCCAAAGGAAUACUCAGCAACCCUUGGCCAAGCAAGAACCAAGGAAAGAUCCCAUUAGAAAGCCCAGACAUUUGAGAUUGUCACAGCCUUCUGAAAUUGCUCAUUGUAAGUCAAGCAAGCGAGAAGCACGGACAUCUGAUUCUUCCAGCCACAUUUCCCAAUCUGAAGAGCAAGCACAAAUUGACGCUGAAAUGGACUCUGCUGCUGUUGGCUAUCAGUACGGUCAAGGCUCUGACGUCACCUCAAGAAGUUUCCCAGAUGAUUUGCCCAGGAUGAGAUUCAAGUGCCCAUACUGCACGCAUGUGGUGAAGCGGAAAGCCGACCUAAAGCGCCACCUUCGUUGUCACACAGGAGAACGGCCCUACCCAUGUCAAGCUUGUGGGAAGAGAUUUAGCAGGCUGGACCACCUAAGUAGCCAUUUUCGAACAAUUCACCAGGCAUGCAAACUAAUCUGCAGAAAAUGCAAACGUCAUGUGACUGAUCUAACAGGUCAAGUGGUCCAGGAGGGAACCCGGCGCUACAGACUCUGUAAUGAGUGCCUUGCUGAAGUUGGCAUAGACAGCCUCCCCAUUGAUCUGGAAGCUGAACAGCAUCUUAUGUCCCCAUCAGAUGGCGAUAAGGAUUCCAGGUGGCAUCUGAGUGAAGAAGAGAAUAGAUCAUAUGUGGAGAUUGUAGAGGAUGGGUCUGCCGAUCUGGUCAUACAACAAGUUGAUGAUAGUGAAGAAGAGGAAGAAAAGGAAAUAAAGCCCAACAUUAGGUAGCUGUAAUGUGCACCAACAGAGCUGGCAUGUCUGCAACUUACGUCGACUUCCUGUAUCUCUCUCUUUUCCAUGGUCAGAGACUGAUUAACAAAUUGUCAGACUGACUUAAAAGUAAUGGCCUACUAUAACUUGCAUGCUUUCUGAACAGGCCAUUGUAUCCAUUCUGAACUUUGUUGCCCUGAAACAUGUUGCUGCACUGGAAAGAAAGACUUAGCUUGAGUUGGCAUGAUAGAUGAACAGUUAAUUGUCUUUCUUUUAUUACAGAGAUGCCUUUUUUCUUUUAAUAUUGGAAGAUCUACUUAGUAAACGUUUUUCAAAUAAAA